AUGUUUAACUCAUAUAAAGAGUUGAUUACGUUUGGGUUUCUUGGAAGUUCAUUGACACAGUUGAUAUUCGAUGGUGUGGUGUUGUAUUUAGGUCAUAGCACACCACGACAAGACGAAGACGAUGUCGUUCUAAAAUCGAGAUUGAUCAAGAGACGUAUCGCUGCAUAUUCAAUACCCGUUGCAAAUGUAUUGGGAUUCUCUAUUUCCUAUGGCUGGACAAAGCUUCUAAUGAGUAUAUAUUCAAAGAAUCCAUGGUUAUUCGGUAUUCUUAUGACAUUACAUGGUAUACAAUUUUUUAGUCCUGCAUUUGGUUAUUUGUUUAAUAUUAAAGCAAUUUGUAGAGGUGGAUCAAGAACUAGAAAUGGUAAAGGAAUAAUGGAUGAAAUGAUGGAUAAUACUGUGGAGGCAGUCUUUGACUACUCUAGAUGGAGUGUAGUUUUCGCUUGUGGUGUUGGUUCAAUUCCAAUUUAUGUAUUAACAUUUAUCAAGAAAGUUUGA